AUGCGACCGGCUCUUCUUCGACUGCUGAAGAGGCCGUCCGCCGUCUCGGUUCUCGAUAUCCUCGCAGUGACACCAACCGGAAUUGAGCAGCUGCAGUCAACAUACACGCAGCUACGUCACUCGUCACGAUGUAUUCAUCACAAAGCGCUGGGAGAGCCUGAGGGGUCGAUCGAUGUUGUCCAGGAAGUGCAUUCGCAUCAAGAAACUGGCAACGGCAAAACGUUCAAUUUUCCUGUUUACGAGAUCGAACCGCGCGAAUCCAGACAAUCAUCAAGCUGUACGCCUGGCCGACGCGCCAAUUCAACCUCAAGCUUGUCCUUGGACGAAUUACGUACGCAACUUGAGACUCUGGAGUUCGAGUCGGAUAUUGGCCACUGCAAUGAAAUGGGAACACGUUUGGUGGAUCAUGACGAGAACAAAAACAAUUUCGAGCUGUGGGAAGAGCUGUUGAAGUUCAGGCAGCGACACUACGGCGACCGAGGUACACUGGAUAUAUGGGAAGGACUGAAGACACGCGUGAGUGGGGUCAAGUUACCGGUCUCUGGAGAACAGGCCGAUCUCUUCUGGCACAAAUUUGUUCAUUUGGGCUUAAGACGAGAUCUCUUCCUUCAAGAUGUGAUGGACUACGCCAUCGAUCUUCACAAUAGUGACGGCCGGUCAUGGCCACAUCUCUACCAAAGUGUUGUAGGAGGUCUGCUCGACAGGGGAUUGACGAAGCGGGCAUUGCGAUGGAACAAAAUCUUUCACAAAUCGGGCUUAGCCAGCCCCGACGACGUGCUGCAACUACUUCUACCAGUCAUCCAACCCCAAUCGCUCGUUGAGAAUGCGCGAAACUGGUACCAGGUCAAAGCUGAUAGGCCAUCCUUACUGUUACGGACUUUUCGACUAUUGUGCCGAGCGGCCGACGGCCAUCAGAUCUACGGCCGAGUGAUAUCCAUUUUGAUAGAGCAAGGCUACGGCGAGGGCGCCCUAUCCAUGCACCCUUUUCUCAUUGCACGUGGAGAUGAACCAAAGUCUCAUGGUGAAAUUCACCCACUGCUGGAUUAUGCUCGGAUGUACGGGUUCUGGGACGAAAACAAAAAACUCCAGUCUUACGCUGAAACUCGCUUUAACGGUUUGCCGGCAACUCUAUUGAAUCCUGCAGCUGAAAGGGCCAAUGUCACAGUUCCCGAAAGUAAGCCUCUCAAAGAUGAUAUCGGAGCACGGUUACUCGCUACUCGUGCUCUCAAUUUCGACGUGGUCCUCGGCGGCAUGAAGAUGCUCGGCGUUUCUACCAUCGGCGCCGCAAGUUUACGCGAAUUAGCAUUGCGAGCUCAUGGGGGUCAAGACAUCUUAGACAAAUUGAAGGCGCUUCGACAAGCGGGUAUCUCCCUUCGAGACUCCGUGUUUGCUCGGCUGGUUCAAAAGUUGGCGUCACAAGGCCGUGACAUACUUCUCUCUGAUCUCCUUCAAAGUGAUCAGCAUCCAGACGUGCUGGAAGAUAAGGUUGUCCAGGAGUCCUUGCUCAUCUCCUACUACAUGGCUCGUGACAUGCAGCAGUACAACAUGACGCUCGCAGUUCUUGCAGAGCUGUACCCUGGCGAUCAUGAUCUUUUGGACAUACACUUUCGCAAACACAUUGCCGCGGGUGAUUUGGGGGCUGCUUCCAAAAUUGUGGACGAGUUGACAUUACGGGGAAGGCCUUUGAGCGAGGAUAGCAUGGACUUUAUGGCCGAAAAGGUUCUCACGCCUCGGCGACCCAACCACCGACCCCAUUCUCCGCCGGGGCAGCCGCUCGAUACCAAGCGCGAAGUCAUGUUCAUAUUUCAUGUCCUCCAGCGCUCGGUCCCGCUUGGUGGUUAUGUGAACCCGUCUUUCUGGAAAGAGUUGCUCAAGCGGCUCGGAAUGGAGAAUCAUUGGGAUGAGCUCCAAGAAUGCACUUUGUGGCUGGUUCGCCAAUAUGCAACACCCACCAGGAAGCGUUUGACUGCAACCCCUGCCGCCACUUCCAUGUCUCACGAUCAUCGCAUGCUCAAGCUCAUUUUCACUGGACCGAUGCAAGCCGCCAUCGUGGCCUGGGGCUUUAUGACCCCAGUUUCCAGCACAACCCUCUUCAAGGCGAUUUGUUUUCACCCCAAAACCCAUGAGCCGCUCAUCCAAUGGGUCCGCGGCAUCUUGCUUCUGAGAGAGUUGGAGGAAGCUGGUCUCACUCUCCUCAAACGAGUCAUCGUUGGGGCAGCUCGUCACCGCCUCGCCACACUCUAUGGGAAGUUCAAUCUCUCGCACUCCCGACUGAAUCGAGUUCUUCGAAAACAGAACCCUUAUCGAUGGCAACGCGUGGUGGAGGAAAUCUUGCGCGCGUGGGGAGAUCCUGCUUUCUUUGGCGGGUUGGAGAAAAUUGACCCCAUCAAGCUGAUGAACCCUGGCCGAACACCAUCGUCGCUGAGACGUUCCGCUCAGACCAUUUGGCCUCGGAGGCGAGGAAGAUGA